AUGGUAAAUUUAGUACAAGAUGAAGUUGACAUUCCAGCCAAAUCCAAUUUGCAUUACCAAAAAUAUUUAUUGAGUUAUCCGGCGUAUGGAAAUAUUGCUAGAUUAUAUGAUGAUGCAAAAUCAACUGAUCGUAAAGUCACUAGUAUUAUUAUGGAAAUACAUGUUAAAACUUACCGCAAGUGGAAGCAAAACCCAAAAAUGACAUUGCCAACCAUAAAUGAAUUUGUAUCUGAAAUGCUACAACAUCCUGAUUAUCUACUUAAAACAUCAACUGGCGUAAAACUGGUAAACAUGGUUAAAAAAGGAAAAUCUAAGGCUAAACAACAGCGAAAACCAAAGAGAAAAUCAUCAAAAUCGACAGCUACUACCGAACAUUCAAGUGCUUUAGAUGAUACAGAAACCGAAGAUGAUCUGAAAUUUGAUUUCGCAUCCGAUGAAGACAUAGAAUGA